CGCGCCUCUGCCAUCGCGUCCUUAACAGACAUGAACAAGAACUGGAACGACCGGGCCGACAAGGACCUCUUCUUUACCAUUCUCAAUGUAAAGAACAUCGGCGUCAUCAGCGGCUCGGAAUGGAUCACCAUCGGCAACACCAUGCGCGCCAUGGGCUACGGCUUUACCAACGAGGGAUGCCGGUAAGUGCUUUUGUUGUCGUGUUAUUCGUGUUAUCUCCAUAACAAACCUCAAGUCAACAAGGAGUUUGACUCGCGUGCCAAGUCAUCAAACUACAUAUUG